AUGAACGACGUGGUGAAGGCUGUUAAGGCAACUGAUUGGAAGGUGCUGAUCGUCGACCAGCAGAGUAUGAGGAUGGUGUCCGCCUGCUGCAAGAUGACCGAGAUACUGGCCGAGGGAAUCACACUUGUCGAGGACAUUGGCAAACGCAGAGAGCCCCUGCCAUCUUUGGAGGCUGUUUAUUUGAUUACCCCCACUGACAAGUCCAUAAAAGCCGUGGUGACUGAUUUUCAAAACCCUGUUAGACUGCAAUAUAAAUUUGCUCAUAUCUUUUUCACUGAAGCCUGCCCAGAUGAGUUGUUCAAUGAACUAUGCAAGUCAACAGCAGCCAAGUUCAUUAAGACGCUGAAAGAAGUCAACAUUGCUUUCCUACCUUACGAGAAACAGGUGUUUUCAUUGGACAGCCCUGAGACGUUCAAGCACUUCUACAACACGAGCAAGUCGACUGGUCGCCUGAUGAGUCUGGAGAGAUGUGCUGAGCAGAUUGCCACGUUGUGCGCCACACUGGCUGAAUACCCUACCAUCAGAUACAGAGGUGAACUGGAGAAGAACGGCGAGUUUGCGCAGUUGAUUCAGCAGAAGUUGGAUGCCUACAAGGCAGAUGAUCAUACAAUGGGCCAGGAUCCCGGCAAGGAGAAGUCCUUGCUGUUGGUGCUGGACAGGGGGUUCGACCCGGUGUCACCCCUCCUCCACGAACUGACCCUGCAGGCCAUGGCCUACGAUCUCCUACCUAUUGAUAAUGAUGUCUACAAGUAUGACAACGCAGUGCAGGGAGAGGCAGUGGAGAAGGAGGUGCUGCUGGACGAGAGUGACGAGUUGUGGACCGAACUUCGACACCAGCACAUAGCCAUCGUGUCUCAGCAGGUUACUCGCAAGUUGAAGGAGUUCACGGAGAACAAGCGCAUGUCAGCGAAGGAGAAGUCGACGAUGAAAGAUCUCUCCCAGAUGAUCAAGAUGAUGCCGCAGUACCAGAAGGAACUGACCCACUACUCCACUCAUCUUCAUCUGGCCGAGGACUGCAUGAAGAAGUACCAGGGACGUGUCGAUAAGUUGUGCCGUGUUGAACAGGAUCUAGCCAUGGGGACAGAUGUGGAGGGAGAAAAGAUCAAGGAGCACAUUAAGAGCAUCGUCCCAAUCCUGCUCGACGAAUCCGUCUCCAUCAGUGACAAACUCCGUGUCAUCCUACUCUACGUUAUCAGCAAAGGAGGUAUUACUGAUGAGAACUUGAACAAGCUGUUGCAGCAUGCCCAGAUCCCCAUGGAGGAUAGGAAGGUUAUUUUCAAUAUGCAGGCUCUAGGUGUCACUGUAGUGCAAGAGGGAGGCCGCAGAAAAUCAGCCCAGUUGUACCAGCCACAGAAUAGAAGGGAGAGGACUUCGGCACACAUGUACCAGAUGUCCAGGUGGACUCCGUAUAUCAAAGAUCUCAUGGAGGAGGCAGUUGAGGACAAACUGGAUUCCAAAAAGUAUCCCUACUUGAUGACGGGCAACAACAGAUCUCUAAACAUAGGCGGAGCCCCUGUUAGCGCUCGCUACGGUCAGUGGCACAAGGAGCGAACCAAUCAGAUGAACGUGAAAUCGAGUGGGCCACGCCUGAUCGUGUUCAUCAUCGGGGGCAUGUGCAUGUCUGAGAUGAGGUGUGCCUACGAGGUCAGCAGCGCCCUCAAGAAUUGGGACGUCGUCAUCGGUUCAACACACAUCCUCACCCCUGACUCAUUUAUGACUUCCAUCAAAGAGCUGGCUGUGGAGUUCAAAUAACUGAAGAUUGUUUGCCCACUCACCCACUCGUUCACUCACUUAUUUAGUCAUUCACACAUUCAUUCCUUCAUUAACUCAUUCAUUCGCUCACUCGCUCACUCACUCAUUCACUCACUCAUUCACUCUCUCAUUCUUUCACUUUUAUUAACACGUGACAACGAAGGAGUAUGUAGACGAUGAAGAUGACAAUAGAGACGCUGAUGUAUUGUCCCCAUUCAUUUACUUAAUAUCGAAGUUUAAUGUAAAUCCGUACAUAAAUUGUUCUAUAUAUAUAUAAGAACAAUUUCCAAUAAAUUCUAGUAAGGAAAAUGGAAAAGACAAACUUUAAAUUGAUUAAUGCUAACAAUUCGGUAGAAUUUAUACAAUACUGUAUGUAAGUAUGUAUAUAAAUAAAUAUAUAUAAUAUAUAUAUAUAUCCCAUCUUGGUGCGUGAAAAAAAAUAUAUUUUUUCAUUGAUUCUUGACAAACAUUCCUAUAUUAUCGAUAUUUAUCUAUUCCAUUAUAAUGGUGUAUUUAUCAAAAGGUCAAUCAUUUAAAUUUAUUUAAUGACCAAUUACUACAUAUGUCUAAUGUAUGUU